AUGUUCAGCACACUCAGACUCGAAAUGACCAAGCGCAUCCACGCCAAGACCACCACCCACUCCACCUCUGAAGCCUUCAACGAAGCCCAGAGACACAAGCAAGAGGCCGCCUCCACCAACUUCCCCCAGACUUCCCCAGUCAAUUGUUCCAUUGCGGUGGUUCCUAGACCCCGCCGCAAGACCGAACCGCCAAACUUCCCUACAGAAAUCGCCCAAGCUGCCCUGGAACCAGUGCCCGGUUGGGCUUGUGACCAGAUAGCAGAGGUGAGCCGCCUUUGCGAAGGCAACACCGAAAUGGCCCUUCACGAGGCGUACCUUAGAGCGAUUGAGAAGGACCCCAAAUGCCAGCUUCCAGAGCUCGUGAAGGAAAUCGCCUACAUGGUUUACUGUGGGAACCGUUCGCAGGUGCACCCCAGAGAGACCUUUUCCCAUCACUGGGAUGCUCUUCUGGAGCACCUCCCAUAUCCCGAGAACUACAACUCGCAACCUUCUUCUGCUUUGCCAUAUCCUGCAAACUACAACUCUCAGGUUCCGCCAUACCCUGCAAUGUACAACUCCCAGGUUUCUUCUGCUCGUGGCUUCUCCGCUGCCUUCAGCGUUGAGACCCCACAUGCCACAAACAGAAACGGCCCAAACGAAACCCCCACUUUGCCCUCGCCCUUCCCAACCACCUCCCUCCCCGGCCAAAAUCUUCCCCUUUCUGGCCAAAACACCGCCGCCGCAAGCUCAAUUCCGCUUUUUGAAGCCUCUUUGACCGACCCAUCGGUCUCUUUCGCAGCCAAACCGGCACCUCUGGCGCCAGGUUUUGUGGCCCGCUGGCGCGCCCGCUUUACCCACUUUACCGCCUCUGUCCGCGAAGAUUGGGCCUACCGCCGGCACCAGCGAAGAACCGCCAGAGAACUCAAAAAACAGCACAAAAAGCUCCGCAAGAUGGAGGCGGAGCGGCUGCUUGAAGAGACUGUUUGCCGGGCACGUGCCGCCGCUUUUGAGCAGGUUCAUGCCAAUUUGGAGCGAGAUGCCGCCGAAAAGAAGCACCUUCAGCAGCAGCAGGCGGGCCAUUCGCAGCGGGCCGUUUUCGCUGCUCAGGCCCAGCGCAGGGUGUAUGCGGCCUGGCGCCAUGCGGAAAGAACCAGAGCGAAGGAGCACAAAAACGAAGGGAGGAGCAAGAAGAGGGAAGCAAAAAAGCAGAAGAAGGAUCUGAAGAAGGUUUCUGAAAAGAGAGUUUUGGAAAAUCCCUCGAAGAACGAAUUGAAAAAGACUCCUUCCAAGGAAAGCAGUUCAGGCGAGUCGCACAAAAGCACCAUUUCGCCCAGGAGCCUGCGCUCCACUGCCGCAACCUCGCGGUGUCUGGUAUGCCACCGCCAUAAGGCCAAGAAUUGA